AUGGACUGGAGCCGGCUGGAGGUGGCCGACGUGGGGCACGCGGCGGGCCUGUGGCAGGCGGCCGGCUUCUGGGCGCUGGUCUUCCUCACCAUCUGGCUGGGCGUCUUCGCCGCCAUGGUGGCCUGCGGAGUCCAGGAGAUCGGCGGGCAACGCCGAGCCACGUGGGGCGUCAAGGUGAUUUGCAUAACGCACCACCUGCUCACCGGGCCUCUCGCGCUGGCGGCACUGCUCCAGGACCCGAUCGUGGCCAAGGCGCUCACCUGCCUCGGCUGCGAGGAGGCGGCCUGGUCCAUGGCCCGCGACACGUCCCUGGGGCCGCCGCCGGGCGUGCGGGCGCUGAUGCCGAUCACCCUCGGCUACAUUCCCGGGGGGGCCCCCUGGGGCGUGCUGGCGCCGAAGGAGGCUCGGGAGGUCAGGGCCGGCCAUCGGUGGUGGUUCGAAGGUGGGAGGGGGCCCUGA